GGAAAAGUUAUCGGUAUUUUCGAGAAAGACAAGUUUUCUUCCGAACUUACGAAAGAGUUCCGAAAAGAGUUGGAAUCUAGCAAGUUUGAACUGCGGGACAGCUCCUCCCUGUUCAGUGAUGUAUUUGCCGUAAAGGACGAAAUGGAGUUGAAUCUCUUAAAGAAGGCCAGCGAUGUCACAUGCAGUGUUUUUAACAAACACCUAAAAGAAGAGAUCAUGGAUAUUAUUGAUUAUGACAAGAAAGUCAAGCAUGAAAAGUUAUCCAGUGGCUGUCACGCUGCACUUCAGAAAAGCAAUCUGAUCAGUGGACUGGAUCCGGACAGUCUGGAACUGUGCUAUGAUCCUAUUAUUCAAAGUGGAGGAAAGUAUAAUUUGAAGUUUAGCAUCGAGAGCGAUGAUCAGGUGCUUCACUUUGGUACAAUCGUCUGCUCAAUGGGUGUGCGCUACCAGUCUUACUGUUCAAAUGUGAUUCGUUCCCUUAUGGUUAAUCCAACUGAAGAACAGUCGGCUAACUACGCUUAUCUUCACGACCUCUUUGAAUGGGCUAUCACUCAGAUCAAACCUGGUGUAAAGAUCGCUGAUUUUUGUCAAUCGGUACAAGACAAGGUUUCAUCAGAAAAACCCGAAUUAAGCGACAAUUUGAUUAAAACAUUUGGGUUUGUCACAGGCAUCGAGUUCCGCGACUCUCAUCAGCUGUUGAGCGUCAAGAGCACCGGUGUCUUCCGUCAAGGCAUGACUUUGAAUUUCAAUAUUGGUUUUCAGAAUCUUCCCAACAAGCGAGGCGAAACCAAUAGAGAUAAACAAUAUGCUUUAUGGAUCGGUGAUGUUAUUGGUGUUGGUGUUGGAGAAAACGGGUCGAACAUGGUUUACACACUGGCAGCAAAGCGUCGUCCCAAGUCCAUCAGCCUGUACAUAAAAGAGGAAGAAGAUGAGGAGGAAGAGGACGAAACUGAAGCAGAUGGUGUGGUAAACAGUAAAGACAAAUCAAAAAACAGUUCUGUCAACGGCACUCGCUCAGGCUCUUCACGUGCAUCCGGGGCGGAAAAGCGUGGUUUGAUGAAUGGAGACGUAAGCUCAGCUCAAGAGCUGCUUGGUCGUGGACAUCGACGUGCCAUUAUCGAGCAAAAGACUCGGAGUGAGCAAACUGCGGAAGAGAAGCGAAUGAAUCGACGACGGGAGUUGUUCGAAGCUCUGGUGGAGAGUUCCACCAAUCGGUUGUCCGGAAUGAAAACCGAUACCGGACUAGAUACAAAAAUGAAAUCCUCCGUGGCAUACAAAGGUGCAGGUCAAAUGCCGAAAGAAGACGAUGUCAGGAAAUUGCGCUUGUUUGUAGAUAAGAAGUACGAGACAAUUAUCCUGCCGAUUUUCGGAUUGCCAACACCUUUCCAUAUCAGUACAAUCAAAAAUGUUUCCACAUCCAUCGAAGCAGACUAUACAUACUUGCGUAUCAAUUUCCACCAUCCCGGCGCGGUUGUCAGCGCGAAGGACGCGGCGAGUUUCCAGAAUCCUGAAGCCACCUAUGUGAAGGAGAUGACAUAUCGUGCGUCCAAUCUCCGUCGGCAUGGCGAGGCCACCAUCCCGGCUACCAAUCUAAACAACACCUAUCGUAUUAUCAAAGAAGUUUUAAAACGCUUCCGAUCUCGCGAGGCCGAAGAACGUGAGCGAGCCAACUUGGUUGAGCAAGACCAGCUGGUGGUAGACCACCCGAAAGGCGCUUAUCGUCUGAAGGACCUAUUUAUCCGUCCAAAUAUAGAAUCAAAGCGUAUUACAGGUGCGUCAAAUGCUAUCAUGUAUGGGAAGAAAAAACAAGAAGACGUACAAUUCUACACAGAGGUCGGCGAACUCACAACCGAUUUGAGUAAAACGCAUUCGCGACUACAAGAUCGGGAUGAUCUGGAGGCCGAGCAACGUGAAAGAGAAAUGCGUGAAGAAAUCAAAGCAGCUUUCCGUUCGUUUGUGGAUAAAUCCGAAGCACUUGCCAGACGUUAUGACCUUGAGUUUGAAACUCCAUUCCGAGACCUGGGCUUUUACGGCUGUCCUCACAGAUCGACUGUAUUCCUCAUGCCAACCAGUACUGCACUCAUCAGUGUGACUGAACUGCCUCCUUUUGUUGUAACUUUGGAAGAGGUCGAAUUCGUCAUGCUGGAGCGUGUUAGCCUCUCGAUUCGCACGUUUGAUAUGGUUUUUGUAUUCAAAGAUUAUCACAGAAAACCUGCCAUGGUCAAUUCAAUCCCUAGUACUGCAUUGGAAUUGGUGAAGGAAUGGUUGCUAUUUGUGGACAAUAUCGAUUAUUUGUGGUUCAGUUAUACUGCCAUACGGCUCAUCAUCACUCCCGUCGUUUUGACGCCCAUGUGGGUUGCCACCCUGAGUUCUAUGAGUGUGGUUCUCCGUUCUCACAAAUGA